CUGUGCCCAUGUGCAGCCGGCUCUGACGGCCGUAGCCAAUCGGCUGAGUGCAGCCUGUACUCCGGCGCAGCUCGUGUGGCGCACGCGGCUCAUCCCCUCCCGGCCGCCGGGGAGCACGUCUGUGAAGCCCGAGCACAGGAGCCAUAGCAGGGAGGGCCGAGCAGCAUGUCGGGACCGCAAGGGGAGAAGCGGAGCGGCGGCGAGUCCGGGCUGCUGCUGGAACUGUUGGGGGACAAGCUGGUGACGGCUGAACGGGAGGAGGUGGACGUGCAGUCUCUUGGCUCCCGGGUCACUCUCAUAGGGCUGCUAUUCGGCUGUGGGAUGAGCGCUCCGUGCCAGCAGCUGCUGCCUGGCCUCACUGACUUCUACUGCAAGACGCGAGAGCGCCUGGAGAUCGUCUUCAUCUCCUCGGACCCUGACCAGAAGAAAUGGCAGCUCUUCCUCAAGGACAUGCCCUGGCUGGCACUGCCUUACCAGGAGAAACACAAGAAGGUAAAACUGUGGACCAAGUUCACAUAG